AUGGGAGGACUGCGCAGCCAGACCACAAACAAUUUACGACGCGAGGAUAUCGGCCGACGAUUCGGUCGCCAACCGCUGAGCAGUGAGCAAGAUUUGGAAAGUUACGAACGGUUUGCAGUGGAAGACCACGUUCACGGCGUGAUCACAGAAUUAUGCAAGAUCCCCGAAGCUCGUCAAGAAUUCAGGCUGGGGAACGGUGUGCGGUUUGAUAACCAUGCGGACGCCCUUGACGAAGUUGAUCCCUCCGAGGAAGAGCCUUCCAUCCCACCCCGAUCCCGACCAGACCAAUUCUGUAUCCAUCGGGUCGACGACAACACCACCACCCUCCUCACUACUAUCGAGUAUAAGCCACCGCAUAAGCUGUCUGUCGAAAAUCUCCGAGUGGGGCUUCGGCCGAUGAACUUCUACGAAACAGUAGUGAAGCCAGACACCGUCCCGGUAGAUGAGGCGGAGAAGUUAAGGUAUAAUGCGGAGCAGCUGAUCGGAUCAGUGUUAACCCAGGAAUAUCAUGCGAUGCUUCAAGAGGGGGUUGGGAAUUCUUACAUCAUCAACGGGCUUGCCCAGGUCCUCCUCCAUAUCCCCUACGAUGAUCCAAGUACGCUUUUUUAUUAUCCUUGCGAACCCAAUAUGGACGUGAGGGUGGAGGACGACCAGAGUUUCCAGCAACCCAACACCGCCAUUGCAAGGUGUUGUGCCUUUGCUUAA